ACAAGGUUUCACAAACUUUGCCAGUGUUCCCACUAUCCCCCAACCAAAUAACCAAAACAUACCGGCUACGGCAAGCGAAGAGGGUCUGUUUUGUUAAAAGCUUUCCGGUUUCCCACUGUCAACACUUGGCUCGAGCGCUGCUGCGGAGCAACGACGAUGUCGGAGCAGGAGUCUCUGAGGUGCUCCAGUGCCAGAAACCGUGGAGGCGUACAGCGGGUCGAAGGAAAACUGCGAGCCAGUGUAGAAAAAGGGGAUUACUAUGAGGCACACCAGAUGUACAGGACUUUAUUUUUUAGGUACAUGUCACAGGCAAAACAUGCUGAAGCCAGGGAGCUGAUGUACAAUGGCGCUCUACUCUUCUUCAGCUAUAACCAGCAAAACAGUGCAGCAGACCUGUCCAUGCUGGUACUGGAAGUGUUGGAGAAAUCUGAGGCAAAAGUUGACGAGGAAAUAUUAGAAAACCUGGCUAAGCUGUUCAGCCCGAUGGACCAGAACUCCCCAGAGAGAGUAGCGUUUGUGUCCAGAGCCUUAAAAUGGUCCACAGGAGGAUCCAGCAAGUUGGGUCACCCAAAACUCCACCAGCUGUUGGCUGUCACCUUGUGGAAAGAGCAAAACUACAGUGAGUCUCGUUACCACUUCCUGCAUUCGUCUGACGGGGAGGGCUGUGCACAGAUGCUGGUGGAGUAUUCGGCGUCACGAGGCUUCCGCAGCGAGGUCGACAUGUUUGUGGCGCAGGCCGUCCUACAGUUCCUCUGCUUAAAGAACAAAAACAGCGCUUCCGUGGUGUUCAGCACAUACACAGAGAAACACCCGUCCAUAGAGAAGGGCCCUCCGUUUGUCCAGCCUCUACUAAACUUUAUCUGGUUUCUGCUGCUGGCAGUGGAUGGGGGUAAAUUAACAGUUUUCACAGUGUUAUGCGAGCAAUAUCAACCUUCCCUGAAGAGGGACCCCAUGUAUAAUGAGUAUCUCGACAGAAUAGGACAACUUUUCUUCGGAGUUCCACCGAAACAGUCCCCAUCAUACGGUGGACUGCUAGGAAACCUGCUGAACAGCCUGAUGGGAUCAGGCGAGGAGGAUGACGCGGCUGAAGAAGCCCAGGAGGACAGCAGCCCCAUAGAGCUGGACUGAGCCUGCCCCAGGACAAAGAGAACAAACUAACACACACACAAAAAAAGAGGAAGACCACACCGCCUCCCUCCUUGACCUCCACAACGGGGGCGGGGCGAGGCGCCGGCCUGUGUUUUCAGACGCGUGCUGUUUCCAAAAACCCCUUCCCCACCCAGUCUAAAAUCAGAGCAAGUAUCGGGCCGCCAAAACAUCCCUCUCAGCACUGCCGGGACUGACUGCGCCAAACUGCAAACUCUUCCCGUGUUGAAUUAUUGUAAGAUUAUUUUAUUUUAAUCAUUAUUUUUGUUAGUUUGGGACUCUUGCUCUCAGUUAAGGGUGUAUGAUUUUAAAACACAACAAACUGCCCUCUCCCUGUGAAAACCUGCUCCUAAGAGAUGGGAGUGGUUGGAGUCUCCCAGUUAGGAUAGCAUCACACGUGAAACCCCUCUUCAUAAUGUUGUUAAUGACAUCAUUAUAAGAGGUCAACUCACGACAAUUAUCCAACUGUUUUGUUUUCCAGACAGCCGCUCGGAGCUCCAUCAGAGCCGUGGUGUUGCUGUUGUUUGCAUUUUUUCAACCACUUUCUCCGUUUUUAAAGUUUCUUCUUUCAGCAGUAAAUUAAAUUGUACUUGUAGUGAAGGCCUCCUUUCAGUUUCUCAUCUUGUUUGUCCGUUAGCUACAAGAACAAACAGACACCAGAGUUGUUUGUAAGUUAUUAUCAGAGGUCAUCUUGCACCUUGAAUAUCCACCCCUUUCUGCUCAGUGUCUCCUCUGCGGGUCACAGCAGUGGCUGUCAUUUCUCUUUAAGUGAAUUACUGCAAACAUACAGCUGUCUGUAUACAAGCAGCUCCAUUGUAGAGGCUUCACUUUCGACUGCGCACUCGCUGAACUGCUGCCGAGCAUGUUUGCAUCUCCAAGAGGAAUUAUGUGGAGAGGUCUAAUUUUGGCAUUUUUGUUGUUACAGUUGCCAAGUCAUAAAAAAAACUGUCGGCAAUGAGUGGUUUGAAGCACUUAUGUGUUUGGCAGGUCGUUGGCUCUGGCUGUGUACAUGUCGCUGUGAAAAAUAAAAAGUCAAAGUUGGGGUUACCUUCAAAGUCUGUAAAGUGAUCUUUAUUAGAGGAGCAAAAUGAGACGCUGUGAAAACGUCUGUUAGAGUGAAUCUUGCUUUUCACGUUACAAAAUGCUAACAUCUAAACCAGCUCGUUACCCGACUACUUCUGGUUUAGUCUCUGAUUCUGCUUCCAUUUUUUUAUUUUAUUUCCGUUAAACAAUUCUUUUUGGAGGUGGAUCAGUUGUCCAACAUCAGUUCAGCCGGUUGCACAAUCAGAGGUGUGAUUCCUUCAAUAGCUUCUGUUUAUCAGUGUUAACUGCCCUCAGCCCUCAGCGAACACACUCUGCUCGUUCCUCUGGACAGCUUUCUCCUCUGACGUCAUUCAAUCGUCAGUUUCUUUUUGUCCUCUUAGUGACACUCCAUCAGUCCAGGUCAGGAUUUUUUUUUAAAGCCCCAGCUUCUCCAGAUAAUCUUUUAAGGGGUCAAAUCCCCCCUCCUGAAGUAAAUUUUCAGUUUAAUACUAGGAAAGUCCAGAGAUCUUUUACUUCUAUGUAAUUAUCUGUGUGGGAUGGUAGAACACCAAAAUGGCCAAUAUUAAAUAAGAAUAAUGAAAUAAUUUUACUUAAUGAAUUCAUUAAAAUACAUAAAUUAAAUAAUAUGUAGCUUGAGGAGACUCGGCUCAUUUUGGGGUAAUAUUACUUUAAGUUUGCAUUAUUUUACUACUUUAUUUACAUGAUCAUUUGUUUCAUUGUUUCAUAAAAUGCUGGUUUAAUAUUGGCCAUUGUGGCGCGCCAUAUGGGACUGGCUGGCUCAAUGUCGUAGUGCUACAGUGAGACAGAUAGAAUAGUGUUGAGUUGUCAGUGUGCAAGCUCUGCUGUGGUUGCAUCUAUCUAAUGUUGAAGAUACCGAGAGACCGAUGAUGUGCCAGACGAAGAGUUAACAACAGUGCUUUAGAGAUCGAGGAGAAAAACCUAUAAUAAAACUGCAAACAAAUAUUUAAAUGACUCAGCUUUAACAGUAUUGUGUUUGUUAUUAGAAAGUCCCAUUUCUGAAAGAGGAUUGUCUGCAGACCUCCCAGUUAAACCACUGAGGUCGAGCAGCUAAAGGGAAAUCAAGGCAAAAUUGACUUUUAGGUUCCUCAACAGAACACAUUUUCCAAAGAGAUCAGUCAGUUAUAGAGUACCACAGAACACGCUCUACUACUCAUAUCACUAUUUAGUAUCACUGUUUAGUUUGACAUGCCGGGAGAUUUUUAUUUGCUAACCUGAAAGUCAGUUUUGUUGGAAUUCUCCUGUUUAAUUAUCUUGCCUUAAAAAAAAAAAAAAGGUGUGUGACCAAAGGCCUAUCUGUGUCAGAGAACAUCAUUACAGCUGUUUGCUUUUGAUCAUUGUUUUUCUUUCAGAACUAAAAGGGGAGUGUUUGCCUUUUCGAUGAUUCACUAAUUGAGUAAAUAAACUACAACUGAGAAGAGUUUGAGAAUGUCUUGAGACAAA